AUGAACAUUCUUGAUUCAGGCCCUUUGGAGCCACUAUCCAAGCAGAAAACAUCAAAACAACGAAAAACCAUGAAGUUUACUUUAGGGAAGUACACCAUUUAUGAAACCAACAAAUCAAUGUACAUUGUUGCCAGUAACAAGAGAGAAACAAUGUUUAGAAUUCUUGAAAUUGAUUUGAGCAAUGAAGAUCAAUCACUCAAUAUCGCAGAGGAUAAUGUGUUUUUUAUGAGAAACGAAGUUAUGGAAGUUCUACGAAAGAUCGAAGAUGCAGAUAAUGAUGCUUUAACCAAAAAACUUACUGGGUACGGAUUACUGGGUGUGAUAAGAUUCACAGCAUGUUAUUAUUUGGUUGUUAUAACUAAAAUGAGCCAAGUGGCCGUUCUUGGCGGUCAUUCAAUAUAUCAUAUUGACGAUACAGAGUUGGUUCCCAUUACAAAAUCAACGAAAAAACCUGACGCCACAGAACUGCGAUUCAUUCAAUCCUUCCAAAACCUUAAUCUGUCAAAGACUUUCUACUUCAGUUAUACAUUCGAUAUCACAAAUACUUUACAAACCAACUUGCUGCGACAGAAAUUAAUGUCUGUUGGGAGAACUGAUUUGGAAGUACCACCAGGUAUCCCAGAUUACAAUGAGAUGUUCAUGUGGAAUUCUUACUUGUUAGAUCCAAUAUUCUCAUGUAUCGAUACAGUCUAUGAUUGGUUUCAACCGAUCAUUCAUGGGUUCAUUGAUCAAGUAAAUGUCUCGCUAUUUGGUAAGAGCAUUUAUAUUACAUUAAUUGGAAGAAGAUCCCAUUAUUUUGCAGGUGCAAGAUUCUUAAAAAGGGGUGUAAACAACAAAGGGUAUGUUGCAAAUGAAGUAGAAACUGAACAAAUUGUUGCAGAUAUGUCUUUAACUUCAUUCCACUCCCCGGGACGAGGUUUCUUUGAUAGCGAUAAGUAUACAUCAUUCGUGCAACACAGAGGGUCUAUCCCGUUGUUUUGGUCACAGGAAGUUUCUAAUCUAACAGCGAAACCACCAAUAAGCAUUAAUAUCAAAGAUCCAUUUUAUAGUGCAGCUGCAAAACAUUUUGAUAAACUAUUUCAGCGUUAUGGUGGUGGUCCUAUUCAAAUACUUAACCUUAUCAAAACAAAAGAGAAAAAUCCAAGAGAAACAAAACUAGGGGAAGAAUUUGAAAGAUGUAUCAAAUACUUGAAUAUAUUUUUACCCGAGGCUAAAAAAAUAGAGUACACUGCAUGGGAUAUGAGUAGGGCAUCAAAAUCUCAUGGACAAAUGGUUAUAGAAUUCCUAGAAAAAUAUGCUAAAGAAACAGUAGAAUCUACUGGUAUAUUUCAUAAUGGGAAAAAUUUCGAAUCUACCUCAAUUCAAGAAGGUGUUUGCAGGACAAACUGUAUUGAUUGCUUAGAUAGAACAAAUGCUGCUCAAUUUGUCAUAGGUAAAAGGGCUCUUGGUGAACAAUUACAUGCGUUAGGAAUAAUAGAAGAUACCUUUUUAGAAUAUGAUUCUGAUAUUGUGAAUAUUUUGACAGAGCUAUUCCAUGAUCACGGUGAUACGAUAGCUUUACAAUAUGGAGGAUCUCACUUAGUUAACACCAUGGAAACUUAUAGAAAAGUGAAUCAAUGGAGUUCUCAUUCUAGAGAUAUGAUCGAAAGCAUCAAAAGGUUCUAUAGUAAUUCUUUCGUUGAUGCUCAGCGACAAGAAGCAAUUAACCUCUUUUUGGGUCAUUAUAUAUGGGCCAAAGAUCAACCAAUGCUUUGGGACUUAUCAACUGAUUUCUACUUGCAUAAUCUGUAUGAAAUUGGGGCACCCAGAAGAAGCUAUACGCAUUGGUGGUUAAACUCUCAUAUUAAAGGUUUACACAAAACUAUCCAAGAAGAGAUAAUAGACAAGAACAAUGAUGUAACCUACGAUAAGAUAAUAAAAAAUGUCAGAGGGUACCCAAAUUCAUAUGAUAACUAUUGGAAUGAACAUUAUACACCUAGAAUGUUUGUUUCUUUUAGGGACCUUUUCACAUUCAAUAUGAACUCUACAAGAAGAUACCAUAAUGGAAAGGAUCCUAUAUCACCAUUUGAUUCUAGGAAACAGACCUCCAUCAACCAGAAGUUAAGGUUGUUAACUACCAAAAAGCAAAAAAGAUUCACCUCUGAUUCAAAGGAAUCUAAGAAAAUUGUUCUGUCAACUUCAAAGGAUGAAUUGGACCUAUAUUCAGUGCAACUUAAAUUGAGUAUGGAUCAAAAUAACAACCUUUUGGAUCAAUUGAAUAAUUUCCCUAUAAGGUUUCCAAUUUUCUCUAAUGAUCAACUUUUAUCUUACAACGAAUUUGCCAUAGUGGAAGAUAACUCUCCAAUUAUUGAACAAGCCGAAGGUGAGUUUCAUUUCUCUGAGAAUGAUGUGCCAACUGUGAGAGCUGACAUUGGAAAGGUAUUCGUGGAACCAUCUGAGGAAUCAUUCUAUGACAAAGUGUUACAAUUUGAUAAUUACCAACCUUUAGAUGAUUACAGUGAAUAUUCAGACUACCAGUCUUUGACUGUGUCAAAUUCUAGUAUUUCUGAGUACGAAGAAGCUAUUAAUAAAGCUCAUAGAUAUGAGAAUCCGACAUUCAUUUAA